AUGGGUUGUGUUCUUAGUUCUAUUGAAAAAGCUCCACCAAAUUCUAAUAUCGAAUUACAGUCCGCAUCUACUCAUAGAUCUCCACCAUUAACCCUUCCAUUUCUAGAACAAGAAGAAGAAGUCAAGGAAAUUCUAUCGGAAAUUCCGAUUAUUAUCAAUAACCCCAUAAACCAUAGUAUUCAUGACCAACAAAAUAAUAUUCUCGAAAAAAAAUUCUCUAUCGAAAAAAGUCAGUCCCGUAACAUUCAUGACACUCAUGUUUUCAAAAUAGCAAGAAUUUUCAAUCCAAAAGACGAAUUCUCCCGGGUCGGGUCAGAUCAAAACGAGAUCGCCCGAGAGCCUAGUAAGAGAAUACGGGUCGGGUCAGACCCGAAAGAGAUGACCAAAGAACUCAGUAAGAGCAUCCGGGUCGAGUCAGAUACGAUCAAAGAUCUCGGCGGACAUAUUCGGGUCGGGUCGGAUCCAAAAGAGAUGAUCACAGAAUUCCGGCAGAGGUCUCCAGCAAAUUACCGGAACAAUACAUCUCCAGUUAGAAGAUCCGGCAACUUAUCCGGGUCGGGUCGGGUCCGGAACACAUCUCCAGCUAGAAAAUCUGAUCAACUAUCCGGGUCGGGUCAGAUUCGAAACACAUCUCCCGCUAGAAAAUCCGAUCACUUAUCCGGGUCGGGUCUUAUUCGGAAUCAUUCUCCGGGUCGGGUCGGGUCGAGAAAGAAUACGGGCGGGUUAUCGAGAAAAGAUAAUGGUGAGAGUUCAUGCCGGAGAUCGAGGUCACCGGUGAUAUGUGGAGAUCAAAAUAACGGAGGAACGAGGAAUAGCAUAAGUCGAUGCCCGUCUACGAGGAAAUCCGGUAAGUCACCGGGAAGGGUGAGAUCGGAAUUGGGUGACCGGCGCCGGAGUCCGGCGGAGGCUGGAAAUGGUAAUAGAGAAAAUAAUAAUAAUUACAAGAGGUCUUUAACAAGUGGAAAUAAUGAAUCUAUUGAAAAUCCACUUGUGACCUUAGAAUGUUUUAUUUUUAUUUAA